CCUUGCGUUACGUCAAAGAUUUCAAGGCUGCAGCUGUGCGCAUGUUUUAUAAAACAAUUAAUUCCAGCGAUUAAAUUAGUCUCACUCAUCAGUUAAUGUUAUAUCGCACGACACGGCUUCUUGCUAGCCAUUUAAAUAAAAUGUUGCCCGAGGUUGUAUUCGUGUUGGGAGCACCCGGUGCCGGUAAAGGAACUCAGUGUACGCUUAUUUCCAAUGAAUUUGAUUUUGUGCACCUGUCGGCUGGUGAUUUGCUACGGGAGGAGCGUCAGAGGCCUGGAUCGGAGUAUGGAGAGAUGAUAGAACAGAAAAUACGUGAUGGACAAAUCGUUCCCGUUGAGGUUACGUGUUCGUUGCUUCACAAAGCCAUGCAGAAGUCUGGCAAGUCGCGUUUCCUCAUCGAUGGUUUUCCACGUAACAAGGACAACUUGGAGGGCUGGACCCGCGUUAUGUCUGAUAAGACCAAACUGCUGUUUGUCCUGUUUUUCGAAUGUUCUCAAGACUUGUGUACAGAGCGGUGCCUGGGCCGCGGCGCCGCCGGCAGCGGACGCUCCGAUGAUAAUCUAGACAGUCUCAAGAAGAGGUUCAACACUUAUCUGAACGACACCAUGCCAAUCAUCGACCACUACGACCAGAAGGGGCUGGUGCGUAAGAUCAAUGCUGAGGUGGCACCUAAAAAAGUAUUUGAGGAUGUCAAAAAAGCCUUCAUUGACGUUGGAAUUGAGAGGAUAGCAGAUUAAUUAAUGUUAAGUAGUCCAAUAUUAUCAACUAAAUUGCAAAGUGAUGUCCUGUCAUGUGCUAGAACAAUAAAACCUUUCCUUUUAUGCAAUGUUUACCAAUGAGCUUUAAGAUCAUGAAUUUGUUAUUAAGCAUUUGAUUGUCACAAAAGCUGUACACAGUAUACUUAAUUGUUAUUUCUAUUAUCAGAUAGAAGUCUUAGCUCUAUAGAUUGUUAGAUGAUGGUAUUGUUAAUUGACCUUUAGUACAACCGUGUGUACACCAAUUGAAUUUAAAUUGUUUCUAUUUUACAUAGAACUCAUGCUGAAGAUAGUUACAUUAUAGUAUCUAUUGUUCUCUGACCUUUAGUGCAACCUUACGACCACCGAUUGCUGACCUUCAGUAGGCUUAGUCUGCAAUACAUGUUAUUAUUAAUGACUAGGCAAUUAUACUUAAUGCAACAUCAUCAUUUUUAAUAAAAAUGACAUGUCAUGAUUAUCUGUAGUUUAUGUGUACUUGAAUCAUAAUAAAAAUCAUUUUAAAAUAGGUUCCAUAAUAGUUUUAGUAAUUUAUUUCAUUUUAUCUCUAGUCUUAAAUCCUUUUGACAUCUUCAUACUGUAAUUAUUUAAAGUUGUUUGUGAGUUGCUAAACAAUGUUAAAAUUAGGACACAGUUUAUUACAUUUAUGUGUAUCUAAAAUUGUGUAACUGUAGAUUGAAAUUAACUUGUGUUGUGUCCCCUUGCAUUUGUAGAAUGAAAUUAAAUAUUUUCUCUAUAAAGUACAACUAAUAAUAACAUUCCUGCAACUUGUAUCAUAAAUAGCUAAUAUCUAGAUCAAUGUCUGUUAAAGUAAUUGUUAUUUCUUUAGCGGGGAUCAGCAGUUCAGCUUGGCUGUAAUAUAAAUACCAAAUGUUA